UGGUGGGGUGAGCAAGUGUGGUGCCGAGUAGUGCAACCAGCCUGUCAUUCGAUGCAGAGGUGUUCAGCCGUGGGCACAGCCAUUGCCGUCUACAAGCAAGCUAGCGAGGAAAAGGGGGGGGGAGAGAUAGAGAGAGAGAGAGGUGCUUCUCUUUCUUGCUGCGUUGUGGUGGCGGGCAGUAUGUCGAAGCCGACCCUGAAAGCGAAAUAUGACACAGGUUCGAAGUCUGCGGCAGGCGUGCUGCUUCUGGGUGUGGGGGACUUGCGACUGAAGUUGGCGUGCACAGACAGGUCUUUCGCCUCCAGUGGCAGCGGCGGGCGCGAGCUGACAGGUGUGGCUAUAGGUGUGGAAAAGCCGCAAGUCUUCUCCAUCGAUUACGAUGCCGCUACCAAGGCCACCAAGUUUGUCUUUCGCUCCUCAGCGUCAAUCAAGGGCAAGACCGUGAAGCUUGCGUACAGCCAUAAUCAUAUUCAUCCUCAAGAAACAAGUAAGAGCCCUACCACAACUCUUGAGAGCACUCUCGUCUUCGAUUCUAAGAAUAGUGUUUCCGGCAAGUAUAACUUCUCAGCAGCGAAGCUUGCCGCCAUCAAGUACCGGUACAUCCAUACCAGCGACACCACGUUGGAGCCGUCCUACGAUUUCGCCACUGCCUCCUGGUCCUUCCAUGCUACCCAUAAUCCUUCCUCCAGGGACACGCUCACGGCGGCGUACAAUGGCUCUACGCAUGCUGUGGAUUUGGAGUGGGUGCGGAAAUCUGACACAGGAUCAUUCAGAGUAGGUUGUAAGAGACCCGUGGGAGGUACUUCAAAGCCGCCGGUCGUGCGUUUUGAGAAAACGUGGAAUUUGAGCUAGCGACAGAUCAAACAUGCAUGCUACUUACUCAAGAGCUCGCCGCCGUCGCCGCCGCCGCCGCAUCGCAAGAGUCCUCUUUGUUUUCGCCAUAGCCGUCGCCAUUGCUUCUGCUGCCAGUCUCGGCUGUUCCUAGGGCCAGCAUUUGUGUUCCAUUGAACAUUUUUUCAAAGAGUUUUUCAGAAGUAUUUAUUUUUAUUUAUUUAGUGUUCCGUGCGCAAAGUUCUGUACUGGUGAAAAAAGAGAAAAGACGAAACUCCAACGGCUGAUGUGUCUUUCUGUUCGCCCUGUGCCUGUACAUGCUUCGUCGUUCGUCUUCUUUCUCGCUCUUCUGCUUGCUCGCUCCUCGCCUUUUCCUUCUUCUCCUCACGUCUCACCAGCAAAACAUUGUGUUGCCCACAAAUUUGAAAGUCAUUCAGUCCCCCCGACUCCCCUCUCCCUGCUUAAUUAAAGGCGGAUGGCUGUGGGCUGGUUGACAAGGCCUUCCCUUAGGCAAGGAUUUGUGCUGGUAAUGUCGGACUCUCGUUCCCAUUCGGCCGUUUGGCGAUGGGGUGUGCUUCUCUUUGUGGCUUCCUUCAAAAACAGGAAGCGGGUACAGGGUGUGGAGGACGUGCAAGGCAGCGGCACAGUGAUUAGGGGAAGACGACGAUGACGAUGCGUUGCGGGAACAGGAGGGGGGGGAAAGCUAUCAAUAGGGAAGAAAAAGCCCAGGUAAUGGAGAGGGAGGAAGCUAUCAAUAGCGGAGAAAAAGCCCAGGCAAAGCCAAGGGAAGGAGGAAGGGGGAACGAGAUCGGGAAGCGAAAAGGGAAGGUUAGGUAGGUGGGCAUUGUGGCUUGAGCCAUCGGGUGUUUAUCUGUUUGCACGUGUUCUAUGGUGCUUCGCUGAGUCACUUCAGAAAAGUUUAGGAGCCUGGUAAGCGAGGAAAGAGGACAUACACAGGCGACACGUGGGGAAGGAAAGGAUUGAGACGAAGUUGUCAAGAAACACUUUCUUUCGCACGUUUGGCCCUAAUCCCUGGGCCUCAACUUCUUCUUCUUUGGUCUUGAGCCCUCCCUCGCCGUCCUUUUCUUCUUCUUGUUCUUCUUUCAGGAGUCGUCGAAUAUGCCCCCGCUUGUUGUGCUGACAGCCCUACCCCCCGUCUUUUAUCGCUUCUUCUCCUUCGUUCUCUUUUUAGUUUUUAGAAAAAGACAGGUCCUUAUGACCCUGGCUCCAUAUCCAUUAUUAGGAGUAACACCUCUUCUUCGUUAUCUUCAUGUUUUUGUUUUUGUUUUUUCUUCUUUUUGUUUCUUCCUCUUGAUUUUAGAAAAAGACAGGUCCUUAUGACCCUGGCUCCAUGCGCUGCAACUUCUCGUUCUCCUACGACUACUUUCUUCUUCUUUCUUCUUCUCCGUGGUUGUCCACGUCGUCUUCGUCUCAUUCUUAGCGACGCCACGUGGUGGGCUGAGAACCCUUGCCGCAACUCCCCGCUGCUUUCUUCUCUGUUUCGUCUUCUGGUCGCCUUCGUCUGAUUGCCAAAUGCACCGAGGCGUGACAUGUUGACAAUCCCUGCCCUCGUCUUCCGUACUCCCCCGUCCUCCUUCAACCUCCUUCCUCCUCCACCUACUCGGCCUUUCUUCUUUCUCCUUGUUCUUGUUCUUCUUCUUCCUCCUUUUCUUUUUCUUCUUAUUCGUCUUCUGCCUUGUGUAGUCAUCAAAUGCGUCUCCAGCUGGUCGCUGUCUCGUAUCCCUCUGCCAUAUUGCUGCCUCACAUCAAUAUGGUCCAUGAUGGUCCUAUCCCUACGUUUCUCUCCGAUCCCAGCUAAAUCAUCAUUAUCAUCAUAGGGAUGAACACCUCCCCACCUUCCUCUCUUUCCUCCAUCCACGCCCCCGCUCUUUUCCGGAGGAAGCACGGGAAAUGCGGUUUUCUGGGGUUUUCUUAGCCUCCCUCUGUCCGAAUCCAGUGGCGGAUCUCAGGAGUUGGGUCCCAGCUUCCCGAUCUGAGUGGGUCGAUAAACCGACCAGGUUCAUCGCGCGGGGGCGGUCUUAGUUGUCAGCCGUCGGGGCGAUGCCACCCUGCUUCGGGAAAAUAUGGAGGUGAACGCUGGUAGACAUUUGGACUCCUCUGUUUAUGUCCUAUGGUACUCUAGGUACUCGAGAUCAUAUACGUGUGAUUGUACUUCUUCUAUCCGGCAAUUCACCCCAGCUCCCUGAAGCUCCUCACCGUCCGGAGGACUGAAGCUGAAUUAGGGUAACGUAAGAGGGCACGCUGUGUCGCUCGAAAUGUGAGUUACCCCCCAUCAAAUGCACAUGAACAAAUCCAUCAAUGUCGUUGAUGGGCUGCGAUUUUACUGCAGCGAUAGUAAUUGGACGAAAGGGACACUCAGGAUCAGUAAGUCUGCGGAGAGGAACGUGUAUGUGAAUUGAUUCCGAGGUAACCUCCCUUGGAUCUGAACGACAGUACACAUGCUCAGAAAGCUCUGACACACACACACACACACACAGAGAGAGAGAGAGAGAGAGAGAGAGAGAGAGAGAGAGAGAGAGAGAGAGAGAGAGAGAGAGAGAGAGAGAGAGAGAGAGAGUAGCUUUGGAUGGGUGCGAGCCAUUUAUAGUAUGCUGGUAGUUCUGUAGUGCGGACAGCUCAAUUUCCAUCACGGGGUGAACCUAGAAGCGGAUCGUGGAGCUGAGCGGAGUCAGUAAUGGAUGAUAAUGGGCUAUUGUUUGCGUCGAAGAAGUGCAAUAAUCGCUGGGGUAGAUGUACGAAGAAGCGUUCCGCUCAGCCUUUUACCAAACCUAGACCUACGUCUGACAAUAGAGCGCACUCAAGGAGACAGUUCUUCACCAAGAUCGGGUCAAAACAUCUUUUAUAGCUUACAUUUCCUCAGAUGUGGAAGUGUUGAGGCUCUUAAUCGUUUUCUUUUUUCGUUCAAAACUGGGUAGCUGAUAACCCUAUUGUAUCAAUGUAUUCUAUCAGGAUUCAAAAUCAUGACGUUUGUUAACAGGUAACUGUGUGCACCGUCAGCCACAUUGCGUGGAUAGCCAGGCUAUUACGGUAUUAAGGCUUUUUACCGACUCCUGAACUUUCCUUCGCUUAUCAGCCAGAUUCAGGGCGUACCCACACUGGGACUUUUUCGACCAAUCUGUGGACGCAAUUGUGGUCUGGUACAUCUACGGCGUACCGUAGUCGUGGUCACAUACAUUCAGAAAUGUGGCAUACAUUCAGAAAUGUGGCACUGUGAGGAUGCUCUCAGUUGAAAAGGUAUGGUUGGAGUUGUGUGCCCUUCUGUGCCUACUUAGC